CCGCAGAGGAUGCCCGGUUCGAGAGAGUGAUAGAAAACCUGGGGCCUCUCCUACCAACAGAACCGGGCCCAGAGACGCCUCCCCUAGAAAAACGCUAGCGCUCAGGGUCCCCAAAGGACGGUCCUGGUCGUGCCGCCCUCUCUCAGGCCAUGGUGCAGGCGGAGCUCAGGGGCAUCCCCAGGUGAGGGCAGCGGGAGUCCACCGCGCUCGAGCCGGGUCGAUGCGGGUUCGGGGAGAAAGCAUGCUGCCCGCUCUGCGCCCUGCUUGCACCCUGAGCGGCCCCAGUCGCAGCAACAGAAAGCGCAGCGCCGGCCGAGGCGGCGGCUGGAGCUGUUGCUGAAGUCUCCCGACCCACGCUGGGUUCUCCGUAGUAUGCGAGUGGAGAAAACAGCCGGAGAACAGGGCUCUCCCGGUGACAGCUUCCCGCGAGCUCUUUCCGCUGGCUCCUCGGAGCCGAUUGGUGCGACAACAUGCCUUGCACCUGCACCUGGAGGAACUGGAGGCAGUGGAUCCGACCUCUUGCGGUGGUCAUCUACCUGGUGUCCAUAGUGGUCGCGGUGCCCCUGUGCGUAUGGGAAUUACAGAAGCUGGAGGUUGGAAUACACACUAAGGCUUGGUUUAUUGCUGGAAUCUUUCUGCUGUUGACUAUACCUAUAUCCCUGUGGGUGAUAUUGCAGCAUUUAGUGCAUUACACACAACCUGAAUUACAAAAACCAAUAAUAAGGAUUCUUUGGAUGGUACCCAUAUACAGUUUAGAUAGUUGGGUGGCUUUGAAGUUCCCCAGCAUUGCCAUCUAUGUGGAUACCUGCAGAGAAUGCUAUGAAGCCUAUGUCAUUUACAGCUUUAUGCAAUUCCUUACCAAUUACUUAACAAACCGCUAUCCAAACCUGGUGUUAAUCCUUGAAGCCAAAGAUCAGCAGAAGCAUUUCCCUCCUCUGUGUUGCUGUCCACCAUGGGCUAUGGGAGAAGUAUUGCUGUUUAGGUGCAAACUGGGUGUGUUGCAGUAUACAGUUGUCAGACCAUUCACCACCAUUGUUGCUUUAAUCUGUGAGCUGGUUGGUAUAUAUGACGAAGGGAACUUUAGCUUUUCAAAUGCUUGGACUUAUUUGGUUAUAAUAAACAAUAUGUCACAAUUGUUUGCCAUGUACUGUCUCCUGCUAUUUUAUAAAGUACUAAAGGAAGAACUGAGUCCAAUCCAACCUGUUGGCAAAUUUCUUUGUGUAAAGCUGGUAGUUUUCGUGUCUUUCUGGCAAGCAGUAGUUAUUGCUUUGUUGGUAAAAGUUGGCGUUAUUUCUGAAAAGCAUACAUGGGAAUGGCAAACUGUAGAAGCUGUGGCUACGGGACUCCAGGACUUUAUUAUCUGUAUUGAGAUGUUCCUGGCUGCUAUUGCUCAUCACUACACUUUCUCGUAUAAACCCUAUGUCCAAGAAGCGGAAGAGGGCUCAUGCUUUGACUCUUUUCUUGCCAUGUGGGAUGUUUCAGAUAUCAGAGAUGAUAUUUCUGAACAAGUAAGGCAUGUUGGACGAACAGUCAGAGGACAUCCUAGGAAAAAAUUCUUUCCUGAGGACCAAGAUCAAAAUGAGCAUACAAGUUUGUUAUCAUCAUCAUCACAGGAUGCAAUGUCUAUUGCCUCUUCAAUGCCACCUUCACCUGUGGGUCACUACCAAGGGUUUGGACACACUGUGACUCCCCAGACUACGCCCACUGCAGCCAAGCAGUGUGAUGAAAUACUUAAUGAUGCUAUGGAGAAGAAAAAAGAACCUUCAGAUCAAGCUUUGGAAUCCUGAGCAGUAUGAAAAGGCAAAAAAUGAAAAAAAAACUCUGUUAGAACCAUCAUAUUCCAUUACCUGGUAUCUCCCAAGGCUCAGAACUUUUGUGCUUGGGACAAGCCAUAAAUUAUGGAAAAUUUCAACACAAAGAUAGGUGAAAACCAGAUACAACUACUGGACUUACAUAUGAGUUUUACAUAUUGCAAAUAGUCUAAAUCUCCUAGACUUAGACUUGAUUUCCUAACACUAGAGUAUCACAUACUCAAAUGGUAGAAAAUGACUUCAGCUAAAUGCCCUUGUUGUUACAUUGCUUUAGUAAGAGGAUGGACAUUGUUAACAGAGUUUCCUACCAUGCUGCAUGAAUGUAAGACUCUGGAAUAACAGAAAGCCUAAUUCAGAAACAUGAAUUAGUGGAACAUAAUCAACAUCAUGUGCCAUAUAAGCUUACCUAACGAUUAUUUCUCUACUUCUCAAAUGGAUGUCUUUCAAUAAAUAAUAAUUUAUCAUUUUUUCCUGCAA